UUAUAUGAACAAGUCAAAGAAAAACUGACUACAGGUUACGAGGGUGUUCGCCAGCUGUUCCGAGCUAAAGAUCCUUAUGGAGAUUCCAUUGUAACCAGAGAAGGCCUGUUUUUGAUUUUAAAGUCACUUGUGGGUCACAUCAGCAGAGAUCAAUUUGAAUCUUUUCUUAAAUCAAUCAGUUUGCACUGGAGAUCGAGUAUCAGCUUUGAUGAAUUUAUAGCUCAUUUUCAAGAUAUACCAAAGCGACAUACUCAAAAUCAACCGGACAACAAUUUAUUUGCUCAGAAUAAAUUAGAGUGGUGUCCCUUUACAAGUGCUCCUCAUGCUUUUGUCGUAUUUCGCAGGAAACUGCAAAAUGGGGAAGCAAACAUUUAUGAACUGUUUCCUGCUGCUUGUUUUGCAAAUGAUGGUAGGGUCAUUAAGCCACAGCUCAGAGAUGCCUUAGGCCUGGUUGGUUUGCAGCUUACAGAUACAGAUUUCCAUCAUAUCUGGUCAAAGUUUGAUUCAGACAACAUUGGCUCAAUCCCCACUAAAAAACUGUACAAGAUGUUGAACUUGUCACAGGCUGGUUUACCAAGAUCAGAUCCUAGAGUUACAAGAAGUGCUUAUUCACAACAAAAGACAAUUUCAGAGAGAGAAUUUGUUCAGAAAAGGUGUAAGACUGCGAUGCAAAUGACAAGAGAUACAAGACACUGCUCAUUCAUCUCCAAAGUGGAAUCUGUAGAAGUGAAUGAAAACAAAGCAGAAAUCUCUGAUGAACAAACAAAAGCCAGGCUUUUGGUGAGUCAGCCUAAACUUACGACAGAGGUGACAACAACAACAACCCAAGAAGAUACAACAACUACUACAACAACUACUACCACCACAACCAAAAAAACCAUCACUGAGAAACGAGAAGAUCAAGUUGUAGAUGACUCUAGACUGUCAUCACAUGUCAGAGCACUGAUCCAAGCCAAGAAGACUCCUCCUCAUUUUGAAAGUGUAGUAGAUCAUCUUCAUUAUAAG